GAACCAAGGAUAUCUCCCUCUCUAUGAAAAAAUAUGGCUCAAACGCACAUUUCAAAGGGUUAUGGACAUCCUUGUUUUACUACUCCUUCUCAUGCUUCUCAGUGUCCGUUUUUUCUCCAUCAACACCUUCACUCUUCCAUGGUUCCUUGCUUUCUUAUGCGAAUCUUGGUUCACCUUCACUUGGAUUGUCAUUCUCAACGCCAAAUGGAGUCCUGCAAUAACUAUAACCCACAUAGACCGUCUCAUGCAACGGUUAGUUGAGGUUCCGCGAGUUGACUUGUUUGUGACAACAGCAGAUCCUAUACUUGAACCCCCCAUCGUCACAGUGAACACAGUGUUGUCUCUUAUGGCACUUGAUUAUCCUACUAACAAGCUUGCUUGCUAUGUUUCUGAUGAUGGUUGUUCUCCUCUUACGUACUAUGCCCUUGUGGAAGCCUCCAAAUUUGCCAAGCAUUGGGUACCCUUUUGUAAGAAUUACAACAUACAAGUUAGAGCACCUUUUAGAUGCUUUUCUGAUGUUCCCAUUACCAAAAGUGACGAGUCCAUGGAAUUCAUGCUAGAAUGGUCUAGAAUGAAGGAUAUGUAUGGUCGUCUGAGCCAAAACAUCAAAGAUGUGAGCCAAAAACCAACUCCGUUCCCAUUGGACGGAGAAUUUGCAGAUUUCUCAAACGCAGAGCGAAGAAACCAUGCAAGCAUAAUUAAGAUUAUAUUGGAGAACAAGGAAGGUCUUUCAGAUGAGUUGCCACACUUAGUCUACAUAUCCAGAGAGAAGAGGCCACAGUAUCCACAUAAUAACAAAGCUGGAGCUAUGAAUGUAUUGACAAGAGUAUCCGGGUUGAUGACCGAUGCUCCCUUUAUGUUGAAUGUAGACUGUGACAUGUUUGUGAACAAUCCAAAAAUUGUUUACCACGCUAUGUGCAUUUUGAUGGACUCAGAGAUUGGUAAAGAAGUUGCUUUUGUUCAAUAUUUCCAGCAAUUCUAUGAUGGUUUAAAAAAUGACCCUUUUGGAAAUCAGUUGGUGGCUGCAUUUGAGUACAUAAUACGAGGCAUUGCAGGACUUCAAGGACCUUACUAUGUAGGAACAAACACCUUCCAUAGAAGAAAGGCUAUUUAUGGGCUUUAUCCAAAUGAAAUUGAAAGCAGCAAAAAAGGUCUUGCCUUAACACAACUUCACUUACUCAUGUUUCUUGGUUAUUUCAAAAUUUCCAAUGAGACUCAAAAUAAAAUACCAUACGGAUCUUCUACAGGAAAAUUACCAGAGAAGAUAUUAAUGCAACAAUUUGGAUGUUCAAAGGAGUUUAUCAAAUCAGCAACUCAUGCUGUGCAGGGGAGCGCAUAUUAUGCUAAUGAUAUUAGUCCUUCCAAAUUUAUUGAGGCCGCAAUCCAAGUUGCUAACUGUGGAUAUGAAUAUGGCACUAGCUGGGGUAAUAAGAUAGGGUGGUUAUAUGGAUCAGUAUCAGAGGAUAUUCCUACCGGGUUUAACAUCCAUAGAAAAGGUUGGAGAUCAGAGUGUUGUACCCCAGAUCCAAUUGCCUUCACAGGGUGUGCUCCUAGAGGAUUAGUCUCUACAAUGAUCCAACAAAAAAGAUGGGCCUCAGGCGUCACUGUAAGCUUCUUUGGAAAGCACUCUCCUCUUCUGGGCUUCCUUUUUGGUAAGAUCCAAUUCAGGACAUGCUUGUCCUACUUUUGGAUUGCCAACUGGGGCAUUCGUAGUGUCUUCGAAGUUUGUUAUGCUGCUCUACCAGCAUAUUGUAUAAUUACCAACACCAAUAUCUUUCCUAAGGGACUUGGCCUAUGGGCUCCUAUUGCACUUUUUGUGGUUUAUAUGGUACAUACUCUACUAGAGUAUCGAUCAAUUGGGUUGCCCAUAAGACAUUGGUGGAACAACCAGAGAAUGAGCAUAAUAAGAACCACAACUGCAUGGUUUAUUGGAAAUUUGGAUGGCAUGCUCAAGGUUUUUGGGGUAUCAGAUGCUGUCUUUCAAGUAACACAAAAGGAAAGUUCUGAUGCUGAUGGAGGGGAUGCAGAUGAUGGAAGGUUCACAUUUGAUGAGUCCCUAGUUUUUGUGGCAGGAACAACCAUUUUACUGGUCCAAUUGACAACACUAAUCAUCUGGAUUUUUGGGUUGCAAAUGCAAGCUACUAAGAGUGGAAAUGGGUCUGGACCAGGGGAGUUGAUUUGUGUUAUGUAUCUAUUAGCGUGCUACUGGCAAUAUUUGAAAGGGUUGUUUGGCAAGGGAAAAUACGGGGUUCCAUCGUCCACUAUAUGCAAAUCAGCAGUUCUUGCACUUGUCUUUGUGCACUUGUGCAGAAGCACCGCUAUUGGUUGAUCACUUGAUAUUGAAUUUCUCAGUUAGUUUUGCUCUCAUAUUUAUUUUCUCAACCUUGUGCAUUUUUACUUGAUUAGUUAUUAAACUAUUAGAUUAUUUAGGGUGACAAUUAAUUUGGAGAAUAUGAUAACUUUCCAUA